CUCUCUCUCUCUCUCUCCCUACUGUCUCUCUCCUCUCUGUCCCUCGCCCUCCGUCUCUGUCUCUCUCCUGUCUCUGUCCCUGCCUCUGUGUGGCUCACUGAAGGUGGCAGAGUGAAAUGGCAUGUCCACACCAUGGAGAUGGCCUCACUGCAGGGACCCCACCACUGCGAUGGCCCCAGGACACCAUCGGCACCUGCAGGAUGUCACCCCAGGGGACCGCAGUCCCCUUUGCGCAGCCCCUGUUGUGUGACCAAGGUGGCAGGGUCAGAACCUCCAGAGCACUGUCUUCUUGUCCUCCCAAUCCUGAGGUCAGCUGAGGCUGCCCAAUGGGGACAUGGAUGCACCCAGUCAGGGUCAGGUCAGCCUGUGGGGAGGGGACUGUCCUGGGUUGUGGCCCUGUGGGGGUGCAGAGAGCCCCAAGGUCAGCGGAGGCCCGGAGACCGGAACCUAGGCCCUGCAGCAGUCCUCCUGGAGGACCAGAGUCCCAGGGCCCGGACGCCUCAGGGCCAGCUUUGGCCUCUGUGCGGAGGACGGCCAGGUUGCCCGGUUUCCCAGAAGCACCCAGCUGUGCCUGGGAGGUCCACGGCCUCCUGACCACAACCCACAGCCCUUUCCCCCCUUCCGGACCGUUGGGUGGGGGUGGGGCUGCAGCCCAGAGGUCUCUGGGAGAGGAGCCUGCCUGGCCAUGGGGCCCAGGCUGGGGGACUGGGGGCGCCUGCUGCUGACCCUGGCCGCGGCCCUGACACUGCCUACGGGCCCCCCUGCAGGCUCCCAGGGGGCACAGAUCAUCGGGGGCCGUGAGGUGGCCCCCCACUCCCGGCCCUACAUGGCCUCUGUGAGCUUCGGGGGCCAGCACCACUGUGGGGGCUUCCUGCUCCGAUCCCGCUGGGUGGUCUCCGCAGCCCACUGCUUCAGCCACAGGGACCCCCGUGCGGGCCUGGUGGUGCUCGGGGCCCACACGCUGCGCCCCCAGGAGCCCACACGGCAGGUGUUCGGCAUCGAGGCGGUGACCAGGCACCCCGACUACCAGCCGGCCACCCACACCAACGACAUCUGCCUGCUGCGGCUCAACGGCUCUGCGGUCCUCGGGCCAGCGGUGGGGCUGCUGCACCUGCCGCGGAGCGGCGCCAGGCCACCCGCGGCCGGGGCGCGCUGCCGGGUGGCCGGCUGGGGCUUCGUGUCGGACUUCGAAGAGCCACCCCCAGGACUGAUGGAGGCCGAGGUCCGGGUGCUGGGCCUGGACGUCUGCAAUAGCUCCUGGAGGGGCCAGCUGAGCCCCCACAUGCUCUGCACCCGCAGUGCGGACCGGCGGAGGCGCGGCUUCUGCUCGGGGGACUCCGGAGGGCCUCUGGUGUGCAUGGGCCGGGCCCAUGGCCUCAUCUCCUUCUCAGGCCUCUGGUGCGGUGACCCCAAGACCCCCGAUGUGUACACACAGGUUUCUGCCUUCGUGGCCUGGAUCUGGGGUGUGGUUCGGGGAGGCCGCCCCCCACCUAGGAUUGCAGAGCACCGCCUGGGCGCUGCCUGAGCCACAGCCCUGCUGAUGACCUGCCACUUGGACUGCAGCACCCCAUGGCGGGCCCCUGAAGCCCAGGCACUGGUUGUGGGGCAUCUCUGCUGCAAAUGAAGACAGCAGAAUCAAACCCAGUUGAUGACUAGACACACGGGCACCAGCCUCUGCCACGGACAGUUCCGGGGCCCUACCGGCCAGUGUCUGUCCUGCCCGCAGUCCUUUCCACCCUUCCAUGCCCCCACGGACCUCUGAGGAGGUAUCCGGCCCUCUCACCCUGGACCCCAGCACCCCUGCCGAGAAGGCCGAGGAGCCCACCAGUGUCCAGGUGGGGAAACUGAGGCUGGGGAACCUGGAGUGCAGGGGUGCUGGACAGGGGUCUCCCUAUCUCAGGUGGGCCUGGCCUCCGUCCUCUAAUGACCACAGCGGGUGGCCAGUCACAGGAGGAGAUCGCCCCAGGCUGUACCAUCACAUGGCUACUACUGUUGCACCCCAACUCUGAGGCCGGGAUUCGUUUUUGAGCCCCCAGCCGGCUGGCUUCUUGGGGUUGUCCUGAGCUGUCUCCCACCCCUGCCUUCCCCACCCACAGAGCCCCCUUUUCUCCCUCCCCUCUCCUACCCAGUCCCUCCUGCUGCCCUCCAUUGCUUGGAGGUGGAGCUGAGCCCAGGCACACAGCCCAGGCUUCUCUGCAUGUUCCCAGGACUCCACUAGUCACCCCCUAGCUGCGGGGCAGCACGAGACCCAGAGAGAGGAGGCGAAGGCGGGCCUGGACACCCCAGUAGCCUUUUCGGUCUUUAUUUCUUGGGUGAGGCAGAACCCAGGGUGGGAAGGCCGCCCUGUGGGCGCAGUGGACCCCUGGCUCAGGAUGCUCACUGGAAUUUGCAGCACAGCUCUCUGGGCUGGAGAAAGAUGGGCAGGGCCUCACUAUCCACCUGGACCAGGGAGCUGGGUUCUGUGCCCACUGGUUUGCCUCUGGUCUCCAACACAGUCUGAGUGGAGGGUAAUAACAGCCUCAGGGACUGGCUCCAGAACUAGCUGGUGUGGCCACCCCCAGCCCAGCUGACAGGUGGCUAGAGGCUAGUGGGGAACUGGGUCUAAAGCCCUGGCCCAGGCCUGCCACUGGGCAGCAGGAACCCAGCGCUGCCCAGGUCAAUCUUGGUCCCCACUCUUGGGGUAAGCUGGGGCUCGUGGUCCCCAUCUGGUCAUCCCUAAGUGGACAGCACAUUGCAGGACACAGGACACAGUUCUGGGUGAAUGCUGGCUGCCCCAUAUCUGAGGCCAUGGAGUCUCACCAGUUGAACCUCUGGGAGGUGCUGGGCAGAUGUGUCCGAAACAGGAGGCCUGGAUGGGACCCUGCUCAGGCAACAUGGGGGCAUUUCUUAGGGCCCUCACGGGAAGUACUGGGAGGCAGAGGUAGUGGGGAGGCAGGAACCUGUAGUUCUUGGGCCAGGAGGCCACCAUGCCACUUCCUUGGCCUUUUGCUUAUCUGGUAUGGGCACCUGCCCUGGGCCCCAGCGCCGUGCUUUGAAGCCAGCCUCCUCACCUCUGUCCUGCUUCUCACAAACCAUUAGCAGGGGCCGCCAGUGCGCUGGCGGUGUAACCGACAGGCAUCUCCAAAGAAGCAGAAACGGGGUCCUCUGGGCAGGUACCUAGGAUAGGGGCUGGGCUUCCCCAGGAGGUCCCCUAACCUGAUGCUGCGUCUCCAGGGCAGCCACAUCCACUGGCCCUUUGGGAGGUCUCCUUCCCUCCGCCCUUCCAAGACAUCUUCAGCGCGCUCUGGGAUCCCCAAGAAAUCCCCACUCAGGUUCAGUAGUCCGCGGGACAUAAAUUAGAUUCUGCUGCUGUGACAAUAAAUAAAAGAGGGACGGCCUCGAACGCCAGGCGGUGCUGCGGCAGCUCA